UGGCGAGCAGGUGUUCCUCAACGCGGGCCCGGCAGCCAGGCUCUGAGUCCGUCGGCGGCCCACCCGACAUUAGAAAUAGACACUAGAGACUCUAAAACCGUGCGCACAGUUCUCUGUUGCUUUCCGGAUGCUUACCAUAUUGUAGGGCUACAGGGCCAGUAUCCUACAUCCUGCCGAUAUUUUCUUGGCUCAUCGUAGAGACUCUGAACUGUCCACCAGCGACAAUAGCAUUCCCCGUGAUCAGGGUCCAGUAGACGUUCAGUGUGCUCCGCUGGAACUGUUCAAACUAGUUCAGCAUUUUUGGUCCACCCCCCCAAACUCUCAAAUGAACUUUGGCUUGGGUAGGGGGACCUGGUUACUUAAACCCGAACUCUGAACUUGAGUUUGGUUUAGUUUGGUUCAGGUUUGAACGAUGAGAUUCAUUACUUCGAAUGCUCCAAGAAAGAAAAAGACGUCAACUGUGUUUUGCCGGUCCGGAUGAUGCGCUCGAAUUCUACGCAUUGUCCAGUAACACUGCGGGGGGACUUAUUUUGUUUUCCGUGGAAAACGCGUGACAAUCUAG